AUGUUGACUCAACGCCUUCCUCGCACUGUGCGUCGCAUUACCAAGACAGACCAGAUCGUCGAACACAUCCGUAUUCUGCUCAUCAUACGACAACUCUGCACAGUACCGCUGCCUUCAACUGUGACCUCAGCAAGGAUGGCACCGCCGGCGACCCCCAACUCUGCAGACUUCCCGAACCCCGUCCGCGCUUCUGCCGCGACCCUCAAGCUUCUCGAGGAUCUACAUGCCAAGUCUCUCGAGCAGGAGGCCGGCACUGAUCUGAUGACAGUCCCGAAGGAACAGUUCAAGCAGGCUGGAACGUCAUACGGUGUCUCGACUAUCUACCUUGCGCUCGCGGUCCUCGACAAUACCGGCGGAGAGGGUACCGUGAUCGCGACAGAGCAUGAGCCGGAGAAGGCUGCUCAGGCUCGCAAGUACUGGGCGCAAUGUGAGGAAGAUAUUGAAAAAGUUAUCGAUCUGAGGGAAGGCGACCUGCUCGAGACCCUCAAGACGCUUCCCGGAGAGGUUGACCUGCUGUUGCUGGACAUCUGGGCGCCCAUGGCCUUCCCCACACUCAAGCUUGUUGAGCCCAACUUCCGCCCGGGCUCGGUUAUCAUCCUCGACAACUCGAUCAAGUCUGCCAAGCGUUACGAGGACCUGCUCAAGUACAUUCGUGGCAACAAGGCGUACCAGUCGCUUCGCGGACGAGUCGAAUCUGAAGUGCUAGAGCGUGGCUGGUUGAGCGGAGAAGACGGAGCAAUGUCGCUGCGGAAUCGGGCUCUAGCCACACGUAAUAGUUUUCAGCAAAAUCAUCGGAUGACGGUGACGCCCCUCCUGUCGGUCUACGACAAGACCAACCUCCUUCCCUUCGCGAAGGAGCUCAAGGCUCUCGGAUUCCGCCUCCUCGGCUCCGGCGGCACGGCCAAGCUGAUCCGUGAGAACGGCAUCGAGAUCGACGAUGUCUCGUCUAUCACCAACGCCCCCGAGAUCCUCGGCGGCCGUGUCAAGACGCUCCACCCCGCUGUCCACGGUGGUAUCCUCUCGCGCAACAUUGACUCUGACCUGAAGGACCUUGCCGACAACAAGAUUGACCAGAUCUCGAUCGUUGUCUGCAACCUGUACCCCUUCGUCCUCCAGACCCAGAAGCCGGACUGCACCAUUGCUGGCGCUGUUGAGGAGAUCGACAUUGGUGGUGUCACUCUCCUCCGUGCUGCGGCCAAGAACCACGACCGGACUUCGAUCGUCUGCUCCCCCGAUGACUACGACGCCGUCAUCAAGGAGAUCAAGGCUGAGGGCCAGGUCUCCGCCGCUACCCGCCGUGGUCUUGCCCUCAAGGCCUUCGAGCAGACCACUGCCUACGACGGUGCCAUCUCCGACUACUUCCGCAAGCAGUACGCUUCGGUCGACUCUGAGCCCGAGCUCAAGGCUGCCGCUGGUGUCGGAUACCAGCGCCUCCCCCUCCGCUACGGUGCCAACCCCCACCAGAAGCCUGCCCAGGCUUUCGUCACCGAGGGCGAGCUGCCCAUCAAGAUCCUCUCGGGAUCGCCCGGCUACAUCAACCUCCUCGACGCCCUGAACUCGUGGGCUCUCGUCAAGGAGCUCGCUGCUGGCCUCAACCUCCCCGCUGCUGCUUCGUUCAAGCACGUUUCCCCCGCCGGUGCCGCCGUCGGCGUUCCCCUCUCUGACGUCGAGGCCAAGGUCUUCGGCGUUGACGACCUGAAGGAGCUCUCCCCCCUUGCCAACGCCUACGCUCGUGCCCGUGGUGCCGACCGCAUGUCGUCGUUCGGUGACUUCCUUGCCCUUUCGCACAAGGUCGACGUCCCCACCGCCAAGAUCAUCUCGCGUGAGGUCUCUGACGGUGUCAUUGCCCCCGACUACGAGCCCGAGGCUCUUGAGAUCCUCAAGAAGAAGAAGGGUGGAAAGUACUGCGUCCUCCAGAUGGACGCGGACUACGUCCCUGCCGACAUUGAGACUCGCCAGGUCUACGGUGUCUCGCUCCAGCAGCGCCGCAACGACGUCACCAUCGACAAGUCGCUCUUCACCAACCUCGUUACCAAGGCCAAGGACCUCCCCGAGUCCGCCGUCACCGACCUGAUCGUCGCCACCCUCGCGCUCAAGUACACCCAGUCCAACUCGGUGUGCUACGCGCUCAACGGUGCCGUCAUCGGCCUCGGUGCCGGCCAGCAGAGCCGUAUCCACUGCACCCGUCUCGCCGGCGACAAGGCGGACAACUGGUGGCUGCGCCACCACCCCCGCGUCCUCGCCCUUCCGUUCAAGAAGGGCACGAAGCGUGCCGACAAGUCGAACGCCAUCGACCUCUUUGUCACUGGCGAGGCCUUCCGCGCCUCCCCCUCCGAGCGCGCCCAGUGGGAGUCGCUCUUCGAGGAGGUCCCCGAGCCCCUCUCGGAGCAGGAGCGCGAGGAGCACAUGGCCAAGCUCAAGGGUGUUGCUUGUGCCUCGGACGCCUUCUUCCCCUUCCCCGACAACGUCCACCGCGCCCGCCGCUCCGGCGUCCAGUACAUUGGCGCCCCCUCCGGAUCCAUCAUGGACGAGGAGUGCGUCAAGGUCGCCGACGAGUACGGCAUGACCUACGCCCACACCAACCUCCGUCUCUUCCACCACUAA